AGCCCCACCACCGCGUCGUCAGGGUAGGCGAUGAGAAGGUUUUAUCAGGGCGCCAGCUUGACCCCAGAACUGACUAUUUAUGUUACUCCCUUUGUUAGAAACAUUUUUUGAAGUCAGCUUUCUAUUUACUUUCUCCUCUUUUCCACUUCCCCCUCAUGGAGCCUUUCUACCACCCACCACCUCCAUCCCCCGCCCGUGACCUGUCCUCCCCCCACACGCCGCCGAGGAGGCGGGACCUGCAGGCGGUCACCCACGAGUGGCUCUCUCUCACGGUGGACGCCGCCCCGGCCACCCCGCCUCCCUCCCUAUCAGCCACCCCCGUACCGCCCACACCUCCCCCGCUUCCCGCCGACCUCGCUCCUUUCCUGAGGGAGCCGUACAUACCCUAUUCCAAAGAAGACAUUUCACGCCUCCCUUUGUCCCCGCCUCCCCGUUCCUCCGUCACCUCCCCGCUCCCCGAUUCUGCGCUCGGAAACAGCCGAGGGCUUAGCGUAAGCGAGCGGUCGCACGCGGCGAAGCCGAGGGAGUUCUUUAGAACGCCGGCCGAGCCGGUGACGCCGCCGAGCCGCUUUGCCGACGUCGAGCUGCGUGUGGAAGACCCCUAUGACGAGCUGCUGUCCAUGGUCCUGGAUGUCGCCGACCGCACGGACCACCGGGGCGCUUCCAGGCUGGCGCCGGAAUAUCCCACUCCCUUAGCGACCAGUAAGGGCGGGGUUCACGUUAAAGCAGACCAAGCGACACCAGCCGGCCAAUCAGCAGGCAGGGCCCGGUACCAUAAACCCGUGACAGUGCAAGUCCCCUAUGAUGAGUGUCAAAGGCCUCCGUCAGGCAAAGGGAAGGCGCUUAUUGAGUUAUUCAUUGAGGAGGAAGAUGAGGCUAGAGAGGAAGAGGAGGAUGUUUUUACAGGGAGACUCGGUGCACAGGUAGAGCACAUGUGACCUACGACCUUUUAAAGCCGCUUUUCCACCGAGCAGUGCAGUUUGCUUCAGUGGCUAUUUCUUACCUUCUCCGAGUUUUACAUUAUAAAGCAGUGGUGUCCGUUUUAACAAUUUUUUUGACAGCCCGCGGCACAUUCUAAAUAUCCUAUAAAAACGUAAAAGCUUAAAAAAGUGGAAUAAAAAAGCAAACUUGUGAAAUGUAACAAGAACAAGUUUACUUUAAAGACACAAAGCUGUCAUGCAGGCUGUUUUUUUCUUUAAAAUGGUCAUUGCUCUAAAAGUAAAAUGAAUCAAAAUCAAUGUUGUUAUGCUUCCAAUUAGGGCUGUCAAACGAUUAAAAUAUUUAAUAUAUAAUAUUCAAGUUUUUUCAUAGUUAACUCAAAAUGAUUCGCAAAUGGAUAUAAUUUUUUGUCAUUCAUAAGUGUACCCUAGACAGAUAAUUUUCAGGUUUUUAUUACCAUGACUGGGCAAUUAGUUUGCUUCAAUGAAAUGAACAUUAUGCUUUUUUAAAUAGCUCAACACAAAAAGGACAUAAACACACUGUGGAAGUCUCUUCCUAGCAGCUCCACUGUAGACACGGCACAAGAGCCAAGCGUGCAGGUAUUAACAAGGUUUUAAUGAUCAAUUCUUUUAAAUCAAAGUUCUCUCCAGCAGAACGCGACCUUCCAGUCGCGUCCAUAUCCUCUCUCUGCUCCCGGCUGCUCACUGUUAAAGACAACAGAUGAUUAGAUUAUCACGUACCACCUGUGAAAUCACCGGCUAGCUGUGUCUCGCCGUCAGCACAUGCCCCGCCCCUAUUCGAAGUUGCUCCGCCCUCAACACCAUUGACAGAGGCGGUGACCUUUGCUCCUGCGGGCGCGCUGAUCACAUUCUCCCUCCACACACACUUUUAAUGAGAAUUUUUAAAAUUACCUGCAGUGUGUUGGUGUCUUGCCAGAUUUUGUAUGUUGUAGGGAAACUGAAUGUGUAGGAGCCCUGCUGUAGGAGCCCUUGCAUUCAAACGAGGAGCUACACUUCCAUGUUUAGAUACCAGUUUCAAGCAUUAAUACCACAAAAUGUGGAUUGUUACGAUCAUGGUUUGAUCGUCAAAGAUGUUAGGUCAUGUAAAAUGUGAUAUUUCUACCUGGAUAAAUGCUUCUGUACAUGUUGUACAAGUUAAUCAUAUUUGUUUUGCUUCAUGACAAUGUCCAAUAUCUUCUCAAUGUAUCGUUAAUGUGGGAUACACAGCCUGAUAAACAUUCUGUAAUUGAGGACUAUCAAUCAGAGUAUGUUAUUGAGAAAAAUCUGCCGCAAAAUGUCCUCCCCUACAGUAUAUUAAUUCCUCUACUAACAUUUAUGUAGGUAGAAAUAUCACAGAUUACAUCAGCACAUCUUUGACAACCAAAGCAUGAUCGUAAUAAAAUACAUUUUUCAUUUUGUUACUGUAGCGGAUGUGAUGCGUAACUGUGAUUAAUUUGAGAAGGUGUUUUGGAGACAAAAAAUAUAAAGAUUUCCUGCCUCUGUCUUUGCUAAAGAAAUGACAGGUACAAUCUGCAUGUCAUGUUAUUAUUGCACUCCUCUGUGCAAUCGACAAAGCGCGCUAGCCUGCACAUGCUCCAAUGACGUCGUCUCACGGCGAUUGAAGAUAAAAUGGUCUUUGUAUUGGCGGGAGAAUGACUUCUCAAGGUUUUGGAUAUCGGAUUUCCAUAUUGAUACUUUUUCUUUGUGAAUUUCUGCUCGCUUCUUUCCAGCUUGUGGCUCAACAGUGAGUGGACGCCAUUAGACUUCCUCACACUAUGGAAUCGCUCCAGGGUCAAAAAGAGGCAUGCGCGUUAAUCGCCCGAUGAAAACAUUUGUGUUAAAGAAAUGUAUAGGUAACUUUGACAGCCCUACUUCAAAUACUUCACAUCAAAAAUUCCACUUGAAAAUAUGUUUUUGGGGGGGAAAUUUUUUUUUGUGUGUUUGCCAUAAGAAACUGUUUUCUGUGACAAAAGGGGAUAAAACAAAAACAUUAGAGAAAAAAAAAUGUAUUAAGUUUUUAAAAAUUGUUAUUUUUAACACUUUUAUGAGUUGGGCCCUUUUGGAUCCCCAAUAUUUUUUGUGAUAUGUUUUAUUUUAAACUGCUAUUGUUUAAAAGUAAUAAUGAAUUAAGAUCAGUUUUGUUUUGAAUUAUUGACCUAUUCAAGCUUCAAUUACUUCACAUCAAAAAUUCCACCUUGAAAUAUUUUAUUUCAAUAUAGUUUGUGUGUUUGCCAUAAAAAAAACUAAGUUUUCUGUGACAAACAGGGAAUAAAACAAAAACAUGAAAAAAUAAUAAAAACUUAUAAUCGACGGAAUAAGCGGUAAAAGUUUAAAAUAAAAAACAAUUUAUUUUUAACGCUUUCAUGAGUCUGGGGGCUCUUUUUGUUCCCUCAAGAAAUUUAGUGGCAUUUUUUUUAAACUGUCAUUGUUCAAAAAAUAAUAAUGAAUUAAGAUACAUUUUGUGAAUUAUUGACCUACUCAAGGCUUCAAUUGCUUCACAUCAAUAAUUCCACUUUGAAAUAUUUUUUGGCAGACAAAAAACAUAAAAAAUCUAAGUUUUCUGUGACAAAAAGGGCAUAAAAUAAAAACAUGAAAAAAUAAUAACCUUUUAUCACUUUCAUGAAUCGGGGGUCCCCUUUUGAACCCCAAGUAUUUUAGUGGGGGUUUUUAACUGCUAUUGCUCAAAAAAUAACGAUGAAUUAAAAUACAAUUUUUUGUGAAUUAUUGCCCUAUUCAAGGCUUCAAUUACUUCACAUCAAAAAUUCCACUUUGAAAUAUUUUUGGCGGAGAAAAAACAUUUUGUGUGUUUGCCAUAAAAAACCUACGUUUUCUGUGACAAAAAUGGCAUAAAAAAAAAAACUGGAAAAAAAUAUUAAAAUGUAUAAUCGACAGAAUAAGUGAUGAAAGUUUAAAAUAAAAAAUAACUUACUUUAAACACUUUCAUGAGUCAGGGCUCCCUUUUGGAUCCCCAAUAAUUUUAGUGGCAUUUAUUUUUUUACUGUCAUUGCUCAAAAAAUAAUAAUGAAUUAAAAUCAAUUUUGUUGUAAAUUCUUGACUUAUUUAAGGCUUCAAUUACUUCACAUUAAAAAUUCCACUUUAAAAUAUUUGUGGUUGAGAAACAACAUGUUGUGUGUUUCCCAUAAAAAAAAGUUUUCUGUGACAAAAAGGGCAUAAGACAAAAACCUGAAAAAAAUACUAAAAAUGUCAAAUCGACGGAAUAAGCAGUAAAAGUUUUUUUUUUGUUUAACUUAUUUUUAACUUUCAUGAGUCGAGGGUCCCUUUUGGAUCCCCAAUAAUUUGUUUUUAAACUGUCAUGGCUCCAAAAAAUAACAAUGAAUACAUUUUGUUGUGAAUUAUUGACCUAUUUAAUGCUUCACAUCAAAAAUUUUACUUUGAACAUUUUGGGGGGGAAAUAUGAUAUAUUUUGUGUUUUUGCCAUAAAAAUCAGGGUUUUGACAAAAAGGUCAUAAAACUUUAAAAAAAUAAAUAAACAACUUGAUGUUGACAGACCUGAAGUAGAUCUAGAGAUUUAAGCAUUGAAUAAAACAAUUAAAAUGUAUAUAUGACCUAUUUUUAGCUUGUUUUAUGACUGAGACACAUACGGGUCCCCGAUGCGAUGACCACAGGGAUUAUGCUUUAUCAGUAUCAUGCAGAAUCAUACUUUAAACCCCGCUUCGAAAAGCUGUUCCGUACAAAACGUGCUCAUUGUAGCCAUCAAUCCUGACUUUCUCAUUUUGAUUUGAAGAAAAAAAUCUGCAAAAAAUGUUUUGUAAGUUGAAGUGAUUCAUACAUUGUGCUCUUGAGUUCAUUGUUAAUGAUCAAUUUAAUUGUAUUAUUUUUGGUUUUCAGUAUCAAAUGGUUCAAGUCGGUCAAAAAAUGUUUAUCGUUUAAAUAAGGAUGAUUUAUUAUUUUUUUUCUAAAUUUCAGGCAAAUUGAUGAGCUUUAAAUCUUUUUUUUUUUACAGAGGAAAAAACAAUGUUAAUAAAGUUAUUAUUUGUAGUAUGUUGAUCUAUAUUUAUUUAUUUUUCAUUAAUGUUAAUAAGCAUACAGUGUCAUGCAGAGGAGUACUUAUAACAGAUUUAUAGACAAAUAAUGCUAUUUAUAGUCGAGGCGGAGAAUGGGGGGGUCGCAAAGUUUUUUUUCUUUUUGGUGGGCAUGACAAAAAAUAAUGGAGAAGCACUAGAUUAAAGCAUGUAAAGGUGUUAUUUCAUGUCUAGAGGACUCUCAUCAUCUUAAAUAAUGUAUUUAGAAAGGUCGUAAACUGCUUUUUUUCAUUCAUAUUAACAUUUAUUAUUAAUAAUUCCUACUUUGUGGGAAUUAAUUUGUCGCGCUAACCAAUUAACAGCGAUAAGCCCAAAAAAAUGUUUUCAUUCAUUUUCAUUUAUUUAUUUAUUUCAGGCAAUGACAUAAAAAUAAUAAUAAUAAUUAAAAAAAGUACAAAGUUGACAACACAUAAUAAUAUAAAUUAAUAUAGUGCAAAAGGUAAUGUAUAGUAUGUAAUGCAUGAUUGUCCAGUUUUGCCUGAAAGGGAGUGGGAAGAAGAUAAUUUAUUUAAUCCCACCCCCAGUUCUCCAUUCAGUGAUUAUUCACAUGAGUUUCACUCUUACUUUGUUCAAGGAUUAUAAUACAAAUGUUGUAUCAUAACAAGUAACAAUAAUUAUUACACUGUAACAAUAAUUUGUAUCAACAAUGUAGGAAUAAUGAAUAUACCAACAAUGGUAAUAGACAAAAUAAAACAUAACAUAUCACCAACACUCCUUGUUUUUGUCCACAUCCGGUCUCGAACCUCCGACUUACAAGCUACAGAUGAUCCCCAACGUCCCCCAAACGGCACCGAACUGCACUGCUUAGUGGAAAUGUGGUUUCAUUGGGGAAGCGCUGCAGGACCUUGUAUAGGACAUGGAGAAAAGUAUUUUCCUAUCAAACAUACUUCCUGUUUUCACUACAGAACUGCUAUUGAAGUGUACGUGAGACGGUGGUAAGGGGGAAAAACUCUUUGACCACAUGCUCAUUGGUCAACACGCCUACCGUGUUGUGCCACAGAACCGAUGUCAUAACAGCGCUAAGGAGCAAACUGCCGAGUCAGCAUUCGCAACAGUACAUCGCAGCUGAGUAGCGAACAUUUUGAAGCCAUCUUGUGGAAGUAAUAAAAACUACAUCAGGAGGUUGCCUACAGCCACAGAUGUUUAAUGUUUAAUGCCAUCUCCUUUUUGCAACCAAGAAGAGUAUUCACGUUAGAGAAGAAAGUAUGUUGAAGGAAAAGUACUUGUCUCCAUGUCCUAACAGGAAGUCACGUUGUUAGCUCCUUCAUGUAUAUUCAGUGUUGUGUGUCAUUGCCCCUCCCCCAUAGGCUGAUGUCGGCCCCCUCCCUCGGUCACCUUCACCCUCCACCGGCCCCUCCUCGCCACUCUCACCGUGGCCCUCGACCCCUGCGUCCCCCACAUCGUCUCCUCCUGCCUCGCCGCUCGGUCCCGGCGCGGCACCCUCCCCUCCCGCGGCCGCC